AUGCCAUCAAUCCCCCUCCAUCCAACCCCCCGCUCGCCCCCUCCCCCUCCACCAACAAACCCCCUCCCACAGUUCCUGCAUACCCCCUCCGGCCUCGCAAUCGUCGAAGUCCAAGGAACCAUAAACCUCCCCCAACAACUCUCUACCGCCACCGCCUCCUCAAACGCGCAGCAAAGCCACGAAACUCCCGUCGGCAGACUAAUUUUUCCAGACGGUGACCUAACGCCUUCCAAGCAGGUCUACUUAUACAUCGGUAAGAAUCAGCGGCUUACGGGCGAAGUGAAGGAGCUAGCUACGCCGCUCGGGGUCCUGCGGAGGAGGGAUAAUGCUACUGGUGGUGGGGGUGGGGAGCGAGGGUGGGAAGGAGAGGAGUUGGAGAUUUUUGAGAUUGUGAGGUGGAAGCUUUUGUUUUCGCAGAGGCCUGAGCCGGUUAGUUAGGAGGUGAGAUGGGUGGAUGGUGAGGGGUUAUGAUGGAUGAGGUUGUGGAUGGUUAUUUCAACUUCCAAACUCGCCAACAACUAAACUAAGUUAUCGGAGGAUGGAUGGAUUGCGGACUUGGCUGCUGUGUUUUCUAUGAUAUUUACUAGCGUCAAUAUA